AUGCAACCAGAGCCCGCUGCAGUAUUUGACCGGACGCAACCAGACCCUUCCCCCAACGAGUCGCACUCAAAUACCCAGCAUGGACAUGAUCUGUGUGUCGACCACUCACGCUCCGGUCUUCACCGUGAGUCCGGAGGCCCUGAAACCGUCCAUGAGUCAACGACGGGCGGGGAUCAAUCGCCCCUGAAUCCGGUUCCUUCCGGUUUGUCAACGCCACCCGGUGAUAGAGUUAGUCAGUAUGAGAACGCAAUGGGGCAAUCAUCCAGGAGGCAAGACGAUCUUGGAUCCCAAAUGGUGCCUUCGUCCGAUCACUCGGACCUGUCCCUGGACGUUUUCCCGAACGAGGUUCUGACUCACAUCCUUUCGCAUCUUCCACCGUCAUCAUUGUCGUCGAUCGCAUUGGUGUCACGACGAUUCCACAGCUUGGUUACAACCCCUCAUGCCUGGCGGAUCGCAUUCUCUCGUUUCUUCCCUGGUCCGUAUACCACCGAAAACGGCACUCGACUCAUUGGAUAUGAUCAACCGGAGACUUUGACGUCCGACAAGCGCUUCUUCUCUAGAUUGACUGCCUUGGCAUCCUGGCGAUCCGAAUACAUCCUCAGAACCCGUCUCAUCCGAUCCCUGUCCAGAGGCAAGCCCGCUUCGUUCGAGCCUUCAAAGAAACAUGGAACUGUUCGCACAGCGAACGUGCGCAAUGGGAGUGCGAUCGCAACCUACACCUCGCAGCUGUUGUACCCUGUGAGCCAUCUACAUGGGACAUUUGGGACGGAGGUUGCCAAGAAGGAACCUCUGUUCAUCCAUGGAGCUUCUGAACAGGGCAUCGCGUCGGCCAGUGACCCGUCCAAUGUAAAAGUUGGCACGUGGGGUCUCUCCGACCAUCAGCUUUUCCGACACUUUGCAGACCUGUAUCCCGGUGAUGCCGAGUAUGGGCUGGGUUCUGGGAACAUGGUUGGUCUGCCAAAUCAGAUGGAUGUCAGUCAGCCAUAUGGUAUGAUUUACGGCGAGGGAUGUCCUCAGGGACGCAGUUAUUUUAUUUCGACCACUGAGCUACGUGGGCGCUUCUUGGAUCUCACGGAAACCGUCUCGCAGCCUCGGUUGGGUAUCCCCGCCCUGAACAUGAUUACCACAGCUAUCACGGCCGUCUGGAUUGCCAAGUCUUCCCAUGUUCUGAAGAUGACCGGCGGCUUGGUGGGAAUGUUGUCCGGUACAUCCUCGGGUGUUCUUUCAGCCUUUUCACUGGGUCCUCAUCCUACGUAUGAAAAGCGAUUCGAGAGAGGUCAGGUCACUGCUAAAUGGGCUCUGUGCCCUGGUGUGCCUAUCAUUGCUAUUGCUGUCGAUGAUAACUACUCUCCUCGACGCAACGCGCGCCGCCGCAUUUGGGCUACCGUGCUCAAUGCGUUGGGCGAGGUGUUUUAUCUCUCGGAUUUGCCACAGCAGCCUGAAGUUCCGUCGGCUAAGAUGAGCCCGGAGGAGAUGAACAUGCUGGCUUGGAAGACUGGGAGAAGUGUUAGUUGGGAACUGGUCGAACUGAGCAGACGAACUGCAAAGCCAGACCCUUACAGUCGGGAGCCUGUUGAUGGCAGCUACAGCCCUCAAUCUUCUUGCGAUGCGAUGAAAUUGAGUGAGGACCAAAUCGCGGCCGAGACCCGAGAAAUAGAACAGUUUCUGUCGUUCAAGCCGAAGCAUUUCCGCAAAGUCUGCGAGGGAUGGGACAUGAGACGCGACUUGCUUGUUGAUUUUGCCGGCGACGAUAGCCACGGCGCCGGCGAGUCAAUCACCGUCAUUGCCCGAGGCAUCGGCGAGCAGGAGAAAGCAUCGAUACGGAGGUACAUGCGCAAAGCCUCACCGUCGGUUUUCCCACCACACGUUGCAGACAACUAUCCUCAUGGCGGCGUUGGCUUUGCUCCCUCGUCUCUUUUCGGUGGCCCUGCCACCCCUAGUCUUUCUGAGAAAUCUGAAAGCUUCCCGCCGUCCAGAGCGUCCGGUCGCCUCAACGACCCAGUCUUUUCGGCCUCAAAUACCGAGUGGCGGAUCACCGACUUUGUCUUUGGUGAUCGAAAGUCUGUCGAGAUCACGACCAGUGCCUUGGAUCUGUCGACCUAUGCCUUGGUUACGGCCGAGGAAGAUCCUCUUCUUGGGAUGUCUGGUAGUUCGGCAGGCUCUUCGACUAUGUCCUCCCCGCUUCCUCACAUGAGGCAACCGUCGUCGCAUCAGGAGAUCCCCGGACAACGUGGUCGAUACAUGGCUGUUGGCACCAACACUGGUCUUGUGAUGGUUUGGGACCUCCGAUCACCGACAGCUAAAAACUCUGAAGUCAUCAACUCCGUCAAUCCAGUUCGCAUCAUCCAGACCGAGUCGCCUCAAGUAUCUUGCGUCGCGCUGUCCUCUCUCUACCUGGUCCAUGGUGGAAAUGACGGACUCGUACAGGCUUGGGAUCCACUAGCGUCAUCCACGCGCCCCAUUCGAACCAUCAAUUCUCGCUUUUCCACCCGCGCUCGUCGUCGUUUGAUCCAGGCGGAAGCAUCCGUCAAUGGCGUUGGGAAUAAUUUCUACGCUACAGGGGCCAUUUGUCUGGAUCCCGACCCGACCGUUCUUCGAGGAAUGGUCGCUCUCGGGACGCACCUGCGGUAUUGGGCAUACAGCUCAUCUGCUGCCGAUCAAUACAAGUCCGGCAAGCGUCGCCUGCGUCGUGGUCCCAAGGGUGUAAACUCCACGUCCGAGGGCCAGCGAUUCAACACCAGUGGUCGUGGGGCAAUCUACGACCACAUCCAGGACGAGAAGGUUGAGAUGCAACGACAAGAGGUAGCAGAUCAAAAGGCGAAAGCCCACUUGAGCAACCGGUUCGGUAUUGAUCUCUUGGGUCCAGAUGUUAGCGAGGACCAGGUUAUCGCAUACGCUCAGCUGCUGAGCGAGGAGGCAUUUGCCAGUGAGGCCCUCAAGCAUGGCGAUAUGACUGCUAGUUCUAUCGUCAGUUCAUCCUCCAGUGAUACCAUUGGCCGCCGCGAUAGCUCCUUCGCCCCGGAUGAGCUUUCAUCUUCCUCGUCCCCCUAUGAAGACCCCGUAGGUGACGACCUGGCUCCCGACAUCGCCGAAGCUAUUCGCCUCAGUUUGCUUGAUGAAGGCCCGAAACCGUUUGAGUCUGACCCUUUCACCUCUAAUUCAUCGUCCAAAGUCUGGGAAAGUCAGCACCACGUCGACGAGUAUCCUUCACCGCCCUCUGACCAAGGGGUGGGCGAAAGCAGCCGUGUGCAAGAACUCACUGAUCUUGAAUUCGCCAUUCAAUUGAGUCUCGCUGAGAACCAGCCGCAGGUGCAGGAGGAAUUUCCAUCCCUUCCCUUGUCUAGCUCUCCCGAUAAGGGGAAGGGCAAGGGCAAGGCCCGUGCGUUGUAA